UGGUUUUGAAAUUCGGUAUCUGCGGGCAAGACACAGAUUCAGCACACACACACACAAACAAACACACACAGUCGAUACAUACGAUCGUUAACGCUGAACGCUCUUCGGUAUGCUUGGCGGCACUUGGUCAAAUCAGUUGACGUUGAAUGUUUCGUCUUAGCGGUCGUUUUAAUCUAUCGCUGGCCCCCCCCAAAAUAAAAAGCCAACCACGAAAAUAAAAGAAACAUAAAUUGAAAUUGCAAAGUUCUUCUUCCCUACGAUAUCAUUUCUUCAUCAUUUAAUUUUUUGUUCUUGUGCUCCUGUCUGUGUCUCUGUGUGUUGUGUGAUCCUUUUCAUCUGUGAUUAUGUGCCAGUUGUUGUUGUUCUAACAGUUUUUGAUUAGAAAGAGAGUGAAUGAGAGAGAGAGAGAGAGAGAGAGAAAAUGCUGUUGCCAAUAUUAUUAAUAAUAUCAGCUUUGGUUGGCCAUGGCCAGGCUAUGAAUGGAGCCGCUGCUGCUGUAUUGAAUCCUACCUGCAGUUUAAAGGAUAAUUGCAAUUUGGGUGAUAAUCUUUUGGCCACACCGGAAAAUGCUGAGGCGUCUAAUGACAAAUUGGAAAGCCAAAUUGCUUCCAUAUUCGAGGAUAAGGUCAAUUAUAGUUUGAAAUUAUUUGCCGAUGAUGCGACAGCAACACAAACGGCAACAACAACAACAACGACAACAGUUCUUGAAUUGUCAGGAAAUUUGAGUGAUCAUCAUCAUCAUCAAUUAAUAAGCGAUGGCAAUUUCACCAUAAGUCAUUUGAAAUCGAACGAAACGGAGAGAAAAGAGCAACAGGAUCAGGAACAGGAAGAAGAUCAAAUAGAGAAUGAUGAAAGAGUUUAUCUUUACAAUAUUGGCAAACGAUUUCUGGCCAUCUCACAACCUUUUGAUGCCUCACGAAAUCCCGAUGCCUCAACCCAAUGUCGUAGUCAGAUGCGGCAAUAUUUGGAUGCCUUGGACAACUUUGAUUUAUGGGCCUUGAAGAUGCAUGAUGCCAGUGGUAAAUUGAAUUCGGGCAUAUUGAAUGGAAAUAUAAAUCAACCUGGUGACUUUGAUCAAUGCAUGGGUAUACGUCAAAAGGUCCGGCAACAACACCGACGACCCUAUGACCAUCAUAACAAUGACUCUGGCGAUACAAUUAUACGUGGACAAUAUUGUUUGGCCUAUGCCCAGCCCGUCUUGCCACACAAAUCAAAACGUUUGCAAACAUUCUUCAAGCUAUUGCAAUCCCACGGACCCUUCAAAAGCGAAUUUAACGAUCCCGGUCAUCGAGUACCUCGUUAUUCUCUUAUCAAUUGGGGUAUCUGCGUGCCAGCUGGCUGUACGGCACGAGAUGUUGAAUAUAGUGUGGCCGAGUAUCUGAACAAUCAGACGGCUUUCACGGGCAUUAGUUUCAAUGUGCGUGUUGAGCCACAAAUGUGUCAAUCCAAGGAUCAAGAGCCCUGGGAUCGCAAUACCACUUGGGCGGUGCGUUUCUUUGUCCUCAUACUCUCGGUGGCCAUACUAUCAACUAUUUACGAUCGAUGCACCAAAGCGCAGUCACAGCAAAAUGCCUGGUGCACCGUCUUCUCUUUGGACAAGAAUCUACGUUGGCUCUUCAGCACGAGCAGUUCACCCGGAGAUAUUGAGGCAGUGCAUGGCAUAAGAUUUCUCAAUGCCCUGAUGUUGAUCUUCUCCCACAAAUCGAUGGCCAUGUUCUUUAAUCCGUACAAUAAUCGAACAGCCAUGUCGGAGAGUUUGGGUCAACCAUGGACAGUGAUUGGACGUGCUGCCUCUCUAUAUACUGAUCCAUUUUUACUAUUCAGCGGUAUGCUGACCUCGUAUUCAUUAUUUGGACGUCUGAUGAAGCAGCAGCCGAUCCGUCUAAAGAAUGAGUAUAUAAGUCGUUUAAUGAGAAUUGUGCCCCCACUAGCCGCUCUGAUACUCUUCUGCACAUAUGUUCUACCACUUUGGGGAUCGGGUCCGCAAUGGAAUCUGGUUGUGGGACAUCAUGCGGAUAUUUGCAAGAAACAUUGGUGGCGCAAUCUUCUCUUUAUACACAACUAUUUUGGUUUUAGCGAAAUGUGUCUGACCCAUACACAUCAUUUGGGCAUUGAUACGGAACUGUUUGCUGUGGCUCCCAUCUUCAUAUUGGGUCUCUGGCGUUGGCCACGACGUGGUCUCUUUGCGCUCCUUCUGCUGUGUACGGUGGGAACAGCAGCACGUUACUAUACGACAAUUGUUAAUCAAUUGUCCAACUACAUUUACUUUGGCACCAACAUUCAACGUCUUUUCCGCACUGCCGACUAUAUGUAUUCGUUUCCACCACAUCGUUCGACUGUCUAUAUAAUGGGCAUACUUUUGGGUUAUGCUUUACGUAAAUUCCAGGGUAUCAAAUUAUCCAGUGGACAGUUGCGUUUGGGCUGGCUGGGUGCCACGAUCUGUCUGUUGGCCUCUGUGCUGGGCCCUGCCCCCAUGGGUGACAUCAAUUAUGUCUAUAAUUCCACACAUGCGGCCAUCUAUGCCGCCUUCGCUCCCAUUGCCUGGUGUCUGUUCUUCUCCUGGAUUGUCUUUGUCUCACACAAUGGCUAUAAAAAUAAAUUCACCCAGAUCUUCUCCUGGCGCGGUUUUCAGGUAUCCACAAAGCUCUCGUAUGCCAUUUACCUGACACAGUUCCCCGUCUUCUUCUAUAAUGUGGGUCGAAGGCGACAUAUACAUCAUUACUAUAAUUUUGUAUCGAUAAUUCUGGAUACCAAUGAAUUUAUAUCGAUAUUUUUGGCCUCGGUGGCCCUAACAGUGCUCUUUGAUGCACCCUUCCAAAAUAUAAAAAAGCUGCUCAUUAAGCGGCCUGCUCCCGCCACUUCUUCUUCUUCGUCGUCAUCAUCAUCAUCAGCCAAAGCGGCGGCAACGCCGACGACAACGACGUCCAAUGGAAUAGGAAAGGCAGCGGCGGAGGUGCCGGCGACGACACUGGCUACUGCCUCUCAUCCGCAUGCCGAUUAGUUAGUUACCUUCUUGUGCAUUGCAUUAACUUGUAAAUUGUCUUAGCAUUUAGUUACAAUGUAUUUAAUUAGUCCUGCUAUCCCCGCUCCGCCCAUCCCGUCCUCUAGUUUUUAAUGGAACGCUUUAUACAUUGUAAAUUGUAAUUUUAGUCAAAUCGAGCGAAAACGAAACUAUUUCGUAGUCAAACGCAAAAUAAAACCAAUCACUGCUUA